AAUUGCAGAUGAUCAGAUCAAGUUAAAUCAAUAUAGAUGGUCAAAAUCGUAUUUCUUAAUAACGGGGAUUAUGGCAAACUAUUUUAACUCAUUAUUUUUAUACGCUUACUAAGUGACUCCUGUAUCGUGUAUUUGCUCAGGCCAUACCCGGCCAUACUUAACGGGCUAGUUUGAAACGAAUAAGGCAAAUGUUUUGAUUCAGUUCAGUAGAACUUAGAAGAUACAGGACAGAUGCUAUUCAUUUUAGUCUUUAAUAGGAUAUCAUAUUUAUUGAUUUUAAAAUACAGAGUUAUAUUAUAGGAUAUAGCAAUAUCGCUUGAGAUGAAGGUCUUGAUGUUGUUGAAUAUUGCCAAAGACUGCAGUGAUAUGAACAGACAUUUGUGAUAUGACAUUUAUGAGAAAGACAGGAAAGUCUUCACAUCUUACUAGCCCUCCCUCUGCAAAGGUGUUUGAGCGACUGCAGCAAAUAGGAUGGUGGUAGAGGUGGAGAGUUUCUAUGGCGUGUAUAUGCUGUACUGUACUAACCCGAAAUUUAAGGGUCGAAUAUAUAUUGGCUUCACUGUGAACCCAGAGCGCCGUAUAGGUCAACACAAUGCUGGACGGCACCGAGGAGGAGCCAAGAGAACAAGUGGCAGAGGACCAUGGGAGAUGGUUCUUAUCAUUCAUGGCUUUCCAUCUGAUAUUGCAGCUCUUCGGUUUGAGUGGGCUUGGCAACAUCCACACAUUUCUCGCCGACUGUCCCAUGUUGCCCGGCGCAGCCGUAAAGAGUCCAGUUUGCAAUUCCAUUGGCGUGUAGUGUCAAACAUGCUGCGAGUGGCCCCGUGGAGUCGACUUCCCCUCACUGUGCGCUGGUUAAAGCAGGAGUACCGAAUGGACUUUUCUCCGGAACUGCAGCCUCCUCUACACAUUCCUCUAACAUUUGGCUGUGUUCGCGCUAAGACGAAACCCCAGCAGGAGUUUCAACAAGAUGAGAGACAGGUGGAGCGGUGUGUGUUCUGUGGGGUGUUUGUUAAGGCUAUGGAUAGACUAUCUUGUUUCCACCCUUCCUGUCAAAUGGUUAGUCAUCUGAUUUGCUUGGCUAAACACUUUCUGAAAGCAGACCCUUCCCACCUACUUCCUGUGGAGGGAAAGUGUCCUGGCUGUCAUCACUCGGUGCUGUGGGGGAGUUUGAUACGCCAUAAAAAUGGCUGUUAUGGAGAUUUGGAAGAAAUUUCCUCAUCCUCAUCUCAGAGUCAUUGGACAGAUGAACUACAGUUGUGAAGGCCGUGUCAUGCUGUUUCUGUUUUAAGAAGUAUUCAUUGGAUUGCAGUGUCUGACCUGACAGACUGACCGCUCAUUAAGACCAAGGCCUAAGAGGAUAUACAGAA